AUGUUUAGAGAACUGGUUUCGAUCAUUCUUAUCUUGUUUAUUAGUGAUAUUUAAAUAACUAAUUAAUCAUGCUUGAACAGUUGUUAUAGAAUUAAAUAAAUUGUAAGAGGAAAUUGUCAAAAUGUAUUAAAUUAAAAGAAUGGAAAUUUAAUCUCAGAAAAGAAUAAGUAAUAUUUUUCAGCAAAUCAUUGGUUUUUAAGAGAUUCAAUUUAUAAAAUAUUUGGAGGAUUUGGUUACCAAAUAUGCUUUAAAGGAUAGUCGAUGUAAGUAGAUUUGAAACAAAAAUAUGAAUUAAAUACUUUAAAUUUUGGUUAUGGGAUAUAGAUUAUAGGUUUAUAUAAUAAAAGUGUAUAUCAAAUUCUAAAACACAGAAACAUAAUUUAUGAAAGUAGUUUAUCAUGUAGUGUAGUUACAAUUAAAUUUCAAAACUAAUUAGUUGAAUCAUUUAGAAUAAAUAAUGAUGACAGCAAUAUCAAUAAGUAAAUAAUAAAAAUUAUGCUUACAAUAAGGAAUUACAUGUGCUAAAAGUUGAAGCUAACUUUAAAUUCUAAUGAAUUAUAAGUUGACAUAUAUAGUUCAAAAAUUCUAUCAUAUCUCUAAAUAUGA